AUGACCCGACCAGAGUCCGCCAGGAAACAGGCAGAAAAACGUGAAAAACCUUCUGGAUGUUUGCUGUUAAAGGGCCUGGUUCCUCCUCAGCGCUGCAGAGACUCCUCUGGAGUGACUCAUACAGUCCGUCCCGCGGCGUCCAACUCCGGUCCAACGAAAACCAUCUGUGGCUCCGUCUCUGGUUUCAGAGGCAGAGCGGAGACGAAGAGGAAGAGGAAGAGGAAGAGGAGGAAGACCAUCCGUGAUUACACCUCCCCCGACCACAAACCCUGGUGGAGGACGCUGACGAUGAACCGACUGAAUCCUGACUGUUGGCUCUGGUCUCCGGCAACUCCUCUGGGUCUUCUUCCUCAUCAUUCAGGGACCCUCGCUUCCGCCAUGCUGGGCCACGGCGAGGAAGAGGAGGAAGAGGAGGAAGAGGAAGAGGCCGGAGAGCAUCCCGCUGCCUGCUGCUACAACACAGGCUGUGAUGACGUCAUCAGUCGGUCAGCUGGUGCUCGGCGGUCAGUCUCCGACCCCCCCCCCACCCACUCAGGGAUCAUCAGCAGCAGCAGCAGCAGCUCCAGCCCGGCAGCCGCUCCCCCCCCACAGCUGCCAAAACCAGUGGUCGGUGCAGAUGGGGCAGAUGUGGCAGAUGUGGCGCCGCAUUACACCGGCGGGCGUUGUUGGGGGGGUCCGGGGACGGAGACCCAGCGAUGUGUGUGUGGUUACGGGCAAAGGCAACCAGAAGGUCUGGGUUCCUGCUGGUCUGGGUCUCCAUACGUCUACUACGGGGUGCGGAGGAACCUGGUGGUCGGGGUGGAGGUGGUGGAGGAGGUCGCUGUAGAAGACACUCUAGAAGUUAUAACAGAGGACAUGUACAAUGAUGAUCUGCUGGAUCCCGAGCUGCUGCAACACGCCCAGCUGUACCCCACAUGAGCCCCGAGAAACUCUCAGCGUGUCCUGUUCUGACUGUUGACACUGAAAACAAAGCUAUUAUUCACAUAUUUAUAUUUUUACCCUAUCUCUAUUUUUGUGUAGAUGUGUCUGUAACGUGCUGUUUGUCUUUGUCUUUUUAUUAAAAUCAUGUCAAUUGUCAUUGUUGAGAGUUACAACAGAAAGGAACAAUAAGAAAAUUACUGGUUGUUAUGACUGUUUUUCUUUUUUUAAAUGGAAACAUAUAAUAUAAAA